AACAACUGAGGCUAGACGGCGCUAUACAGCGUCUUGUGUGUUUGUUUUUAUAAUGCACAACAAGCAUAUGCGUGGAUCUAUCCAUCCACUCGUCCAUCCAUACAUCUACACAUCGAUCCAUCUAUCUAUCUAUAUAGAUGUAAAUUCAUAUAUAACUAUGUAUCGAACAUAUGUGUUAUAACGCAGAACCCUAAAAUACUACAUUUUGUAUUAAAUUUCCGAGGCCAUUUGGGUUUGAGAACUAAAAUCCGGCCGUUUAAAAUAUAGAUAAUACAUUAAAAGCUACAUUUAUUAGGCAGACAUCCAUUUUGUUCAGUUCUCCGGACAACCACAGGGAGGCGACAGAGUGCAAUAACUUUCCUACACUGGAAACGCUGGUUGGGGGUUUCUGUUUUAUGCGAGUUGCACUCGGGACAGAGAGGACGUAUUCAACCUUGCGCUGUGUUUUCAGUCGGCUAAUCCUCACGGAUUGCCACAUAACUCGGCGAAGGAAGUCGUGACCUGCGUGGCUACGAUUAAUUUAACUUGAAAGGGGCGUCAAGACGUUUGCCGCUGCGUCUCCCCGCGGUGUAACGGAGGGAAUUUAAAGCCCGUGAUGUUCAAUCCGCACAUCCAUCAUCAGCAGCAGCAGCAGCAACAGCAGCAGCAACAGUUUCACCAGCACCUGCGGCAGCUACAACAACUUUUCCAGCAGCAGCCUCCGCCUCCUCCUCCCCAGCCGCCUCCGGGGCACCAUGUCGGCCAUCACCACCACCAGGGACAGCGAUCUAUUCCUGUUGGUUCCCAGGGAGCUCCUCCGCCCAGGAUGGUCAACCUGUGCCAGGCAACCCAGACUACCCUUAUUGCCCCCAAUCCCAUGCUGCAGGGGGCCCUACUGAUGCAACAGAUGCAGGGUAACAUGCGGGGCUUCAGGAUGGGUGGACAGCAGUUCCGUCAGUUCUUCACCGCUGGGUCCAGGUCCUCUCUGCUCGGGCCGGUUCCCAUGGGGAUGGCCAUCAAGUCCCCCAUGAUGGGAUACCCAGCCGGUCGGCAGUUCCACCCGCAUGCUCGCUACUACAACAACACCGCAGCGGCUUCUUCCAUCACUUCUGCUGACGCCGCAGCUCGCCAGCCCGACAGGAAGAGAGACAGCGACCACAUGGCUUCAGGGAGCACAAACGAUCAACCAGCAGCCGGCGGCACCAAUGAAGCUUCUGACAAAACCGACACAGAUGGUGCUGUGGGAGGAGUGGAUGAACCCACACAGCCCUCUGAGGAACAGCUUGAAGAACCUGAAGUGAAGAGGCUGAGGACAGAUGGGUCAGAGGAACCCAAAGACCAAUGUGUUGUUGAGUCUCUCCCCAUUGCAGAUACUGACGGGGAAGUUCUGUCUUUAGAGUCCAACAACCCAGAGGACAGCCAGCCUGACGACUCCCUCGUUCUGGAAGAAGGAGGCUCCACGAGGGCAUCGGAUGUGGUUGUGGCGCUGGAGAAGAGCGUAGCUGCUGAUGCGCACAGCUGCUUGUUGGCACCGUCCCCGUCUGGCAAGCCGAGUGAAGAUGACCAGCAGGUUGAUCUACUCCCGGAGGAGAUGCCACACGGCAAGGCCUCACCCGAGAACCAGGAGGGCGAAGAGGAGGGCGUAGUGGAGGGCAACAAGUUUUACUGCUAUCUCUGUAGCAUUACCUGCUACAACCAGCAAAACUUCAGGAGUCAUAUGAACAGUGUUUCCCACCAGCAGAGGAUGAUGGAGAUCCAACACAUGAGCAACGCUUGUCUGGUCACCCUGCUGCCAAGAGUGCAGGAGUCUCUACAGGAAGCAAACAAAGACGGCGUAAAGAGGGAAGACUCAAAGCUCUGGUGUCCCACCUGUCACACCCACUUCACCUGUAGCAUCACAGACCACCGUCACACCGAGGAGCACAAACUCGCCAGCAGAACAGCCAUGUCCUCCUGCACGGUCUGCAAGAAACACUUCAGGACCUCCCAGAUCUUUGCGGAGCACUUGCAGUCCCAGGAGCACAGGCAGAAGGUGGAGAAGCUCGGGGAACAGGACGACUGCGGGGCCUUAGGCAAGCUGAGCACGCCGGACGCAGAGGGCUUCACAUUGGAGGAGUCGGAGUUCAGUGAGAUGGAGGAGGAACGACCAAAUGAACAGGAUGACUGGUCCUGCCACAAAGAAGUGACUUCAAAGGACAUGGCCAGCGAUGAGGAGUACGACUCUAACACCGUCUACGGGUCCGGUUUUUUAGUACCAGUCGCAGGUUUUAUCUGCAGACUCUGCAACAAGUUUUAUCACUUUGAAUCUUCUGCCCUACACGGCCACUGCAAAACAAUGAAGCACUUUGAGAACCUCAAGAAGUACAGAGACUUGCGGAGUCAAAAGAGUGCAGCCGUUGAACCUUCCAGAGAGUCUCCCCUAGCUACAGAGCGCCUCCGGCCCCUAACAGGAACCACCGCUGACUGUUCUGCUGAAAACUCCCACUCCGAUGACACUGGUUUAGGGACGGACCUGAACUCCAUGGAUCCUAUCGUUGCGCUGAGCGCAGUGAACACGGAGACCGAAAGCCAGCCACAGGAGGAAGCGGCUGAACCUGACCAAAACACCCGGGACGCGGGCGACACGGACCAGGAGCUCUGCCUCCAUAUCAAGGAGAAAGAGCGCACGUCCCCGGCCUCCGCGGCUCUGGAGAGUCCAGCUGAGCCGUCUGCCGGUAGCACAGAGGAGGCGGAGUCAACGGCAGCAGCUGAUGUAGAGGAGGAAGCUAAUGCAGAGGAGGAGAAGGGGAAAGCAGCUGUCCCACGGAAAAAGAAGGCAAAAACAACAUCCAAACGCAGGUCAGGGAGGGCCGGAAACAGACGUUGAGUCAAAAAUAAGAUGUGGGAAGGAGAGGAAACCUCUAGGACCAGACGGGUCAGUAUUUGAAGAGGUGCAUUCGUCAAAACCGAGACGAAGAAGUGAACAGACCUGCCUCUCCAUGUUGGAAAGUCUGAAUCAAGCACAAAACAAGAAAUAGGAGGAGUGCUGGUACUUCACAGUGUAAACAAGACCUCUUAUUUGAUGCUCUCCCAGGGUGGGAAAUUAGCACCUGACGCUAUCGCAUACAUGUUAAAUCAGUGACUGGUGGGAACGUAUGUUUAUGUUGGCUCCCAUCGAAUCAUCUCUAGCCUCCACUUUAGAUUACAGCGAUCAAAAUGCGAUCAUUACAACGUAAGCACACGUAGCUCAGAACAAACCCUUUUCCUUUCAUUCAAUUAAAGAAAUACAUUAAUGUGAAAAUACACAAAUGGCAGAUAAAAAUUACUUUUGGGGCAUCAAGGCUUCUUAGCGCUCUAGGUAACAACCACUGGAUGAAUUGCCCAGUGACUUGGCGCACACACACACACUCAUGUGCCAAUCCGGAUGGAAAUUUGAAUUUCCAUAGUCAUUGUGAGCAUGUCGGCUUGUUGGCUUGAGGAUUUGUCCCAAAGCACCACUGUGCUGGAGUUGUCCUCUCAGAGCUGCCGGCAUCGCUCUAGACUUGUUUGUAUUGUAUUUGGAAAAAGCGGUACACCAUCAGAAUAAUACUGAGCUCCAUUAGAAUGGGAUUGGGAAGCUAAAUUUAAUUUAUACAUUAUUUAACAAGUAGUAUUACGUGAGUUUUCUAAAAAUGAUAAGGAAAACGAUAUAAUAAUCCAUUUCAUUUAUUAGGUUACCUCGACCAUAUUUAAAAAAUCAGGUUAUGUUAUAUUUGUCUUUCAACUCCAUUAUACUUGUGCCCUUUUAAAUAGCUGGAAUUGCUUUUGUCCCUUAAAGGAAUGGCGUCCAGGCUUUUUAAAUGAAGCUGGGUUUAAGAGGAGAAAGAAGGGUCUGGAUCUUCUGUUAACCGGUCUGUGAAACUUUCAUACCGAAAAGUGAAUUUCCCACCCUGGUAUCCUCGAUUAUCACAAUGUUGAUUGUCCCAUUUGUCUCGCUAGAUAAAUAACGAAUACAACCUUCAAGCGGAGACAGUUUCAACAUCUCUUACAACUUAGCACAUGCUUUUAGCGAGCUGACAUGUAGAAUUUAACCGAUUUGAAGGAUUAGAGCGAGUGGUUUAAGGAGUGUUGGAAUGGAUGAAAGUCUCAUUACCGGUUUCUUUUUUUUGAGUUCCAGUUGAUGAUCAGGUCCACGCCAAGUAGUUCUAAGCAGCUGUGUCCUUCUCACUAAAAUGGGAUCAGCAACUGGAUCAGUUUUAAUUUCAUUUUAAUUUAAUUUUUUUAUGUAUUGGGAUUCAUAACGUUCUGUAGGAGCUGAACUCGAGCAACUUGUCGGAAAAAACAUUUCACAUCUGCGUAAAAAAAAAGAAACCCUCGUAUUCAUGGACAAAACUGCAUCGUGUGCAUUUUGCUUAUUUUGACAUUUGAAGAGCUUGUUAGACUGAAAAGGUUCAUUUCGUUUCCAUUGAACGAUAAUGCAGUUAUUAGUAGAUGCUUGUUUUUUUGCAUUGCUUUUCUUUUCUUAAUGUUUUGUUGGCUUUAUACACUGGAUGGAUGGGAUCACAGUUGACGUCAUGAGAGGAUGAGACUGUGCCGUGUUUGGAACUCCUUGCAAACCGUAAAUUUCUAAUUUUGACUAGCAGUCCCAUUUGGUAGAUUCUACAAAUGUAUAUUUAUAGUUCCUUUAUUUCAGCAGACAAAGAUUCAAGACUAUUGUGCUUUGCUGGACACAUUGGAGGAUGUUUUAAAACCACAAUCUGUGGUUGUAUGACGCAUGUAGAAGCUCUUGUAGUCAUAGUGGUGACUGUCACAUGGUUAGUUCUGCAUCGUGUUCUGGCUGAAGCAACAAAACAUGAAACUGCUUUGAGAACAGAAGGGAGAGAAAAACAAGGGCAUGUAAAGGAUCAUUCAAACUCUGCUGUAAGUUUGUUGUAUUUUUAUUCAGCUAAUGACUAAAUUGAGAUGAACAAACAGGUGUGGUUUUCUAACUGCUGGAAGUUGUAUGUAUUUUGGUUUUCUGUUUUCGAGGGUAUCAUUUUAAUUUAUAUUAAAAUGUCUGACAAUUCCCA